AUGACGAUGCUCUGCUCAGUCUCUCCAUCCGACGUCAAGACGAAGAGAAAUUUGAACCCUGAAAGUUCUGGUGAAAACAAGACUCAACACGACUUGGCCCUUUUCUUCGCAAACUGGAUGCCGGAAGCGGAGAGCACGAGGCAAUUCAAUCCCAACGACGUGAAGGCAUUCCUGGAUCAAAUCGACAAGGGGCAACGCGACGUCGUCAAGAUCAUCGGCUUCUCCGAAUUCCCCUUCACCAACGGAAGGAGACUGAAAGAGGCUGACUGGACCAUCGAGCGCGAGUACUGGCUGAAGCUCGAUCGCAUCGACAGGCGUGUGGCUGGGGAGGACGGUUACGUCAUCCUGCAUGUGCACUACGCGGGGAAGUGGACCGCCGCGCGGGACAGGCGAGACACGUCGAUGAUCACGCAGCUGAACAUCCGACACACGACUAGGAAGGUGGAGCUCGCGUACCAUCGCAAGUGCGUGGACCUGAACAAGUGGAAGGAAAGGCACGGGAGCGAGGUGCUCCCAAACCUGCCAGCUCAAGGCUGGCGCUGGCGGGAGAAUCCGGGCAUCUGCAGGUCCAUGCAUGGGCUGCUGAUGGAAGCAGAGCGUUGCACCAGCUGGGUGCGGUCUCUUGUUAUCCCUAAAGCCUUGUCGCUUGCAACUCCAGCAGGAGCAAGGAAAGCACUGAUCAUCAGCAACAAGAAGUACCAGCACACGCAGAUCAAGGACCUUCCCAAUGCCAUCAUGGACGGCUCGAAGCUUGAAUCAGCCCUUAUGGAGCUGGGGUGGGAUGUGGAGUUCGAGGUGAACUUGGGGCUCGAGGACAUGGUAAAGGCUGUGAAGGGCUUCAGGGACUCUGUGAGGGAGGACCGCGAUGCCGCCUUGUUCGCUUUCAUCGGGCAUGCGGUAGAAGUCAACGGGAAACUUUUCCUCAUCCCCAAGGGCUUUCAGGCAGACAGCUUGACGGACGAAGACAUGGAGGAAGAUCUUCAGAGCUUUGCCCUGCCCUUCAGCAAGGUUCAAUCUUUCUUGCGAACUGCAAGGAAGGGACGAAAUCCAACUGUUUUCGUACUCGACUGCUGUCGCAGCAACGGGCUCUCCGCCUCUGCCUCUCGGUCCUUUGAUGUAGGAACAGACAAGCUCAGCGCUCCUGGGAUCGACGUGGUCAACUCUUGCGUUGUCUAUUCCACGCAGGCCGGACAGGUAGCACAGGAUGGGGAGCCAGGGCGUGGGGGACCUUUCAUGUCGGUGUUUGCGGCGAACAUCCUUGUAGAGGACAAGAGUUUGAACGAUGUGAUGGAAGAGACAAGGAAAUCUGUGAUGAACAAGACCAACAUGGUCCAGAUGGCCCCGUUUGUGUCAAUGCUUACGGAGGCCUUCUACUUCAACCCUAGCUGUCGGGUUGAUGGUAUGAACUUAGCGUGA